AUGUCUGAUUAUCCUUUGCAUCAAGCGUGCAUGGAAAAUGAAUUUUUCAAGGUGCAAGAGCUACUCCACUCCAAACCUCCCUUGUUGCUACAGAAGGACCAAGAUGGCAGAAUCCCUUUACAUUGGUCAGUUUCCUUCCAAGCACAUGAAAUUACCAGUUUUUUGCUAUCUAAAAUGGAAAAUGUUAAUUUGGAUGAUUAUCCAGAUGAUUCCGGAUGGACACCUUUUCAUAUUGCUUGUUCAGUGGGGAAUUUGGACGUGGUAAAGUCUCUUUAUGAUAGGCCCCUCAAGCCUGAUCUGAAUAAGAUCACUAAUCAAGGAGUUACAUGCUUGCACUUGGCGGUUGGUAAAAAAUGGUUUGAAGUGUCGCAAUUUUUAAUUGAUAAUGGUGCGUCCGUAAGAAUUAAAGAUAAAUUUAAUCAAAUUCCACUACACAGAGCUGCGUCAGUAGGUUCUUUGAAAUUAAUUGAAUUGUUAUGCGGUUUGGGCAAAAGCCCAGUGAAUUGGCAGGAUAAGCAAGGUUGGACCCCAUUAUUUCACGCUUUGGCUGAAGGGCACGCAGAUGCCGCCGUAUUGUUAGUAGAAAAGUAUAAUGCAGAAUACGAUCUCGUAGAUAAUAAAGGCGCUAAGGCUGAAGAUGUUGCCCUUAAUGAACAAGUUAAAAAGUUUUUCCUAAAUAAUGUAUAA